GUACAUCACCUGAGUUGUGGGGUAAAUGUAGAGAGUGUCAAUCAAAGGCAGAGCUCUCAGAGCUGGGAAGGAGGCUCUAGAUGGCGGCUGUGCCUUAGAGAGCGCGCUCAGCUCAGCUCCCUGCCUUCUCCACACUUUACGCAACUUUCUCUAACUUUCGGGCAGCCUCAGGGGGCCCCCGCAGCCCCCUUCCUUUCCUGGUGACCUGGUGGGGUAGAUUCGAGCCAUUUUUAGGGAGAAAAGCAGCUUUUAGGGGGUCUUUUUUCGUGCCUUGUUGGAAAGAAGAAGCCCGUACUGAGAGCCAGGUCGUUGUUUUUUCCAGCUUAGAAGCCAUGGCGCACCUCCAUUUUUGUGCGCUCUCCUAAUGAGCUUUUUCCCCCGGACCUUUUUUGUAUUAAUUAUCGCUUAUUUUUUUUAAACAGUAAACCUUUUUGGAUAGUUUUUAUUUAUUUUUUGUUCUUAAGAGAACAUUUAACGUUUAUUUUUUAAUUAUUCGGGAUUCUGAUGUUUUUCUACUACUAGAUACUCUCGGUUUGGACCUGCUACAUGGAUCAGUAAAUACCUGAGCACAAGACUUCAAAGCAAACACAGAUUCACCUCCCCCCUUUUAAUAUUUAAGAAUUAAAAGAUGAUGAGAAAUAAGGACAAAAGCCAAGAAGAGGACGGUUCAGUACACAGCAAUGCAUCGAGUCAUUCAGCAUCUGAAGAAGCAUCAGGCUCAGACUCAGCUAGCCAGUCUGAAAGUGAACAGGGCAGUGAGCCAGGCAGUGGGCAUGGCAGCGAAUCAAACAGCAGUUCCGAAUCUUCAGAGAGUCAGACUGAGUCUGAAAGCGAAUCAGCAGGUUCCAAAUCCCAGCAAACCCCACCAGAAGCCAAAGAAAAGCCAGCAUCUAAGAAGGAACGUAUAGCUGAUGUUAAAAAGAUGUGGGAAGAGUAUCCUGAUGUGUAUGGGGUUAGGAGGUCAAAUCGAAGCCGACAAGAACCAUCUAGAUUUAAUAUUAAAGAAGAGGCAAGUAGUGGUUCUGAGUGUGGGAGCCCGAAAAGAAGAGGCCAGAGGAUACUGAAAAAACAAGAAAAAUGGAAAAAGGAGGCUUCUGAGGAAGAGGAUGAGGAAGAUGAACAAGAGCAAGGUACUAGUGCAGAGAGUGAACCAGAACAAAAAAAAGUGAAAGCCAGACGACCUGUCUUGAGGAGAGCAGUGCCUAAAACCAGUGUUAAAAAGCAACAUAAGCCACAGCGUGGAAAAAGAAGAAAGAAACAAGAUUCAUCUGAUGAUGACGAUGACGAUGAUGAUGAUGAAACUCCAAAAAGGCAAACUCGUCGCAGAGCUGCCAAAAAUGUCAGUUAUAAAGAAGAUGAUGAUUUUGAAACUGACUCAGAUGAUCUCAUUGAAAUGACUGGAGAAGGAGUUGAAGAACAACAUGAUAAUAGUGAGACAAUUGAAAAGGUUAUGGAUGCAAGAUUUGGAAGAAAAGGUGCCACCGGAGCUUCUACCACUGUUUAUGCAACUGAAGCUAAUGGCAACCCUAGUGCCGACUUUGACCCUGAAAAGGACGAGGGAGAAGUUCAAUACCUGAUUAAAUGGAAGGGCUGGUCCUAUAUCCACAGCACAUGGGAGAGUGAGGAAUCCCUACAGCAACAGAAAGUGAAGGGGAUGAAAAAACUGGAAAACUUUAAGAAAAAAGAGGAUGAAAUCAAACAAUGGUUAGGGAAAGUUUCACCAGAAGAUGUGGAGUACUUCAAUUGCCAACAAGAGUUAGCCUCUGAGCUGAAUAAACAGUAUCAAAUAGUGGAGAGAGUGAUAGCUGUGAAGACCAGUAAGUCAUCAUCUGGUCAUACAGAAUUUCCAGCUCACAGUCGGAAAUCAUCAUCAAAUGAACCUGAGUAUCUAUGCAAAUGGAUGGGACUGCCAUAUGCAGAAUGUAGUUGGGAAGAUGAAGCUCUGAUUGGGAAGAAAUUCCGAAACUGUAUUGACAGCUUCCACAAUAGGAACAACUCAAAAACCAUCCCCACAAGAGACUGCAAGGUCCUGAAGCAGAGACCAAGGUUUGUUGCUUUAAAAAAACAACCAGCAUACAUAGGUGGAGAGAACCUGGAGCUCCGAGAUUAUCAGUUAGAAGGCCUUAAUUGGCUUGCUCACUCCUGGUGCAAGAGUAACAGUGUGAUUCUUGCUGAUGAAAUGGGCCUAGGAAAAACCAUCCAGACCAUAUCAUUCCUCUCCUAUUUGUUCCAUCAACACCAGCUGUAUGGCCCCUUUCUUGUAGUGGUGCCUUUAUCUACUCUCACUUCAUGGCAGAGGGAAUUUGAAAUAUGGGCACCAGAGAUUAAUGUAGUGGUUUACAUCGGAGACCUGAUGAGCAGAAAUACGAUACGGGAAUAUGAAUGGAUCCAUUCUCAAACCAAGAGGCUAAAGUUUAAUGCACUCAUAACAACAUAUGAAAUCCUCCUUAAAGAUAAGACUGUGCUGGGCAGUAUUAACUGGGCCUUUCUGGGAGUGGAUGAAGCCCAUCGGUUGAAGAAUGAUGACUCUUUAUUGUAUAAAACUCUGAUUGAUUUCAAGUCCAACCAUAGGCUCCUGAUUACUGGGACCCCUCUUCAGAAUUCCCUCAAAGAGCUCUGGUCCUUGCUGCACUUUAUUAUGCCAGAGAAGUUUGAGUUCUGGGAAGAUUUUGAAGAUGACCAUGGAAAAGGGAGAGAGAAUGGUUACCAGAGUCUACAUAAGGUUCUAGAGCCUUUCCUUCUUCGAAGAGUAAAAAAGGAUGUGGAAAAGUCCCUUCCAGCCAAAGUGGAACAGAUUCUCAGGGUGGAGAUGUCUGUACUUCAGAAGCAGUAUUAUAAGUGGAUUUUGACCAGGAAUUACAAGGCCCUCUCCAAAGGGACAAGGGGCAGCACAUCUGGCUUCCUUAAUAUUGUGAUGGAACUAAAAAAAUGCUGUAACCACUGCUACCUGAUUAAGCCUCCUGAAGAGAACGAACGUGAAAAUGGACAGGAGAUUUUGCUGUCCCUGAUCAGGAGCAGUGGAAAGCUGAUCCUCUUAGACAAACUGUUAACAAGACUUCGAGAGAGGGGGAACAGAGUUCUGAUCUUUUCCCAAAUGGUGAGGAUGUUGGAUAUCCUGGCUGAAUACCUGACUAUUAAGCAUUAUCCUUUCCAGCGCUUGGAUGGUUCAAUUAAGGGAGAAAUCCGAAAGCAGGCACUGGACCACUUCAAUGCAGAUGGAUCUGAGGACUUCUGCUUUCUGCUCUCAACACGGGCGGGUGGCCUAGGAAUUAACUUGGCUUCAGCGGACACUGUGGUCAUCUUCGACUCUGACUGGAACCCCCAGAAUGACUUACAAGCACAAGCCCGAGCACAUCGGAUUGGACAGAAGAAGCAGGUGAACAUUUACCGCUUGGUUACAAAGGGGACGGUAGAGGAGGAGAUCAUUGAACGAGCCAAAAAGAAGAUGGUGUUGGAUCACUUAGUGAUCCAGCGUAUGGAUACCACAGGCCGUACUGUCUUGGAUAACAACUCAGGAAGGUCAAAUUCUAAUCCUUUCAACAAAGAAGAACUAACGGCGAUUUUGAAAUUUGGAGCAGAGGAUCUCUUCAAAGAACUGGAAGGGGAGGAGUCAGAGCCUCAGGAAAUGGAUAUAGAUGAAAUUUUACGAUUGGCUGAAACCAGAGAGAAUGAAGUAUCAACAAGUGCAACGGAUGAGCUUCUAUCACAGUUCAAGGUAGCCAAUUUUGCAACCAUGGAAGAUGAGGAAACUGAAUUGGAAGAACGAUCACAUAAGGACUGGGAUGAGAUUAUUCCAGAGGACCAGAGGAAGAAAGUAGAGGAGGAGGAACGACAGAAAGAGUUAGAAGAAAUUUAUAUGCUGCCCCGAAUUAGGAGCUCUGCGAAAAAGGCUCAGGCUAAUGAUAGUGAUUCAGACAUUGAGUCCAAAAGAAGGGCCCAGAGGUCUUCUGGUUCAGAGAGUGAGACAGAUGACACUGAUGAUGACAAGAGGCCAAAGCGCAGAGGACGUCCUCGGAGUGUCAGAAAAGACCUUGUAGAGGGAUUUACAGAUGCUGAGAUUCGAAGGUUCAUCAAAGCAUAUAAGAAAUUUGGGCUUCCUCUUGAACGUCUAGAGUGCAUUGCUCGGGAUGCUGAGCUGGUAGAUAAGUCCGUAGCAGAUCUGAAGCGCUUGGGUGAAUUGAUUCACAACAGCUGUGUGUCAGCAAUGCAAGAAUAUGAGGAACAGCUGAAAGAAAAUGCCAGCGAAGGGAAAGGACCAGGAAAGAGAAGGGGCCCUACUAUCAAGAUUUCUGGGGUUCAAGUCAAUGUUAAAUCUAUUAUUCAGCAUGAAGAGGAGUUUGAAAUGUUGCACAAAUCUAUUCCUGUGGACCCUGAGGAAAAAAAAAAAUAUUGCUUAACCUGUCGUGUCAAAGCUGCACAUUUUGAUGUAGAUUGGGGAGUGGAGGAUGAUUCUCGUCUGCUCUUGGGCAUUUAUGAACAUGGCUAUGGCAACUGGGAAUUAAUUAAAACAGAUCCAGAACUUAAAUUAACUGACAAAAUAUUACCUGUUGAGACAGAUAAAAAACCUCAGGGAAAGCAGCUGCAAACUCGAGCUGACUACCUGUUAAAGCUGCUAAAGAAAGACUUGGACAAAAAGGAGUUGGUUAAAGAGGGUGAAGAGACCAAAUUAAAGAAGCGAAAGCCCCGUGUGAAGAAGGAAAACAAGGCUCCUAGAGUGAAAGAUGAGCAUGGAAAUGAAUUCUCAUCCCCUAGGCAUUCAGACAAUCCAUCAGAAGAGGGGGAAGUCAAGGAUGACAGCUUGGAAAAAAGCCCCAUGAAAAAAAAGCAGAAGAAAAAAGAAAACAAAGAGAACAAGGAGAAACAAAUGGGUUCUAAGAAAGAAAAGGAAGGAGAUAAGGAAAGAAAAAAGUCAAAGGAUAAGAAAGAAAAGCCUAAAGCAGGUGAUGCCAAAGCUGGAAAUAAAUCAAAAAGAGCUCAAGGUCCUGUCCAUAUUACCGCAGGAAGUGAACCAAUACCCAUUGGAGAAGAUGAGGAUGACGAACUGGACCAGGAGACAUUCAGCAUAUGCAAAGAGAGGAUGAGGCCAGUGAAAAAGGCUUUGAAGCAGCUGGAUAAACCAGACAAGGGACUCACUGUGCAGGAACAGCUAGAGCACACCCGAAACUGCCUCCUGAAGAUUGGAGACCGAAUAUCAGAGUGCCUUAAAGCCUACUCUGAUCAGGAGCACAUCAAACUGUGGAGGAGGAAUUUGUGGAUUUUUGUAUCCAAGUUCACAGAAUUUGAUGCUCGGAAACUACAUAAAUUAUACAAAAUGGCUCAUAAGAAAAGGUCUCAGGAGGAGGAGGAGCAAAAGAAGAAAGAUGAUGUGUCUGGCAGUAAAAAACCAUUUCGUCCAGAGCCUUCAGGCUCGAGCCGGGAUUCUCUGAUGUCUCAGUCUCACACACCUCACAACCUUCACCCUCAGAAGCUUCAUCUGCCUCCUUCCCAUGGACCACAGAUGCAUGGGCACCAGCGAGAUAACUAUGGUCACCCCAACAAGAGACAUUUUAGCAAUGCAGACAGAGGAGACUGGCAGAGAGAGAGAAAGUUCAACUAUGGUGGCAACAGCAACCAGCUCUGGGGUGGAGAUCGGCAUCACCAGUAUGAACAGCACUGGUAUAAGGAUCACCAUUAUGGGGACCGGCGCUCUCAUGGUGAACCUCAUCGUUCUGGGAAUUAUCGUCCAAACAACCUGUCCCGCAAGAGGCCAUAUGACCCGUAUAGCAGUGACCGAGACCAUCGGGGACACAGAGAUUAUUACGACAGACAUCAUCAUGACUCAAAACGACGAAGAUCUGAUGAGUUCAGGCCUCAAAAUUACCACCAGCAAGAUUUCCGGAGAAUGUCUGAUCAUCGUCCCCCUAUGGGAUACCAUGGCCAGGGACCCUCAGAUCAUUACCGAUCUUUCCACACAGACAAAUCAGGAGACUACAAACAGCCACUACCCCCUCCACAUCCUGCAGUCACAGACCCUCGAUCACCACCAUCUCAGAAAUCUCCCCAUGAUUCAAAAUCGCCCCUGGAUCACAGGUCUCCCUUGGAUAGGUCACUCGAACAAAAAAACAACCCAGAUUAUAACUGGAAUGUUCGGAAAACAUAAAUCAGAGGUCAAAAAGGAGGAGAACAAGAGUGAGCAAGCAUCUGAUGAUUUUUGGUCUGAUCCAAAAGAUAACCAGUUAUCAAAGUGAGUAACUGGAGACUCUGAACAUGCUGCUGCUACCACCUCACUGGCUGAAGGACUUCAGGGAGUGGGGAGGACUUCUCCUAGGUGUUAGUUCUGGUGGAGAUUCGACUUUGGUUACUACCCUUACACUCCUGUCCUAGUUUCCAUUUUCAUUCUAUCCUCCCAUGCUGCCAGAAGGAAAGAGGUGUCAUUGUCUGUGGGCUUCUGUGGGGUUAUUACACCCCCAAUGAAGGAAGGACAAGAAUUGAUUGGAUUUGUAGCCUGGUUUUUUUCUUUUUUGGUCAUUGUUUUUUACAACUAGGUGCAGUAUUUCCUUCCUCUGUUGUCAGGGGAGGGAAUGAACGAUUGCUGCUUAGGAAUUAAUGAACAGUGCUUGAUUUGAUUCACUAUUAUAUGAUGGAUGCUGCUGAUGGGGAAAAAAAAAAGUCUGAUUUCAUUCUGGCAUGAUAGUGUUUGAAGGUGAGCAGGCAAGCCCUUCAAAUGGCUAAAUGAGCUCUCAACAUGUCCUUAGAAGAAAUGUAGGAGCAAAGACUUAGGCAUGGCCCACCCAGGAAGGAAGGGUAAGAGCUGAGGGUAGUGGCACUGGUGCAGCUGUCUCUAUCCAGUCUACACUAAUUUUCCCGCAUUGUCUUUGUACAUUUCAAAGGUUUGGUUUCCUGUAGUCCUAUUGUUUACCUCCAGGAUGAGGAAAACUGGCUACUGUGGCUGAACUUCAGUACUGUGACAUUGGAAUUAGCUUGGAUUUUAUUUUUUGAAGGGGGGAGGAGGGAGGUAAAGAAGGGAAGGAAAAGGACAGAAAUCUUGAAUCCCUAAUGAGGUGUCUGAUUCACCCAGUGAAAAGGCUCAUUGAACAUUUGGUGCUAGCUAGCAUAUGAGACUGGGCUGUAGAUUCUGAAUGGGCUUCACAUUGUAGGGCACUUAGCAGUGCUAGCAAACGAGAGGGGCUUUCAGUAUUUUAACAGGCUUACAUCUGUAGAUUUUUACUCCUUUUGCACAAAUUAAAAGAGGUAGAACUCAAAAAGAAUCAUAACUACUGAUAACCAACCGGUCAGAUAAAACAAGGGUUAGCUGCAGCGGGUAGGCCAUCAGAUGGCUGGCUUGAGAUCAUUGCAAUUUGGGAUAAGAGCAGAAGAUGCCCAUUGGGAUUUAUAGCUAAUAAAGGAGGCAUGGGGGGGGGGGGGUGGAAGAAAAGGAACCAAAUGAGUUUGAUUGAGAAGGUUAAUUGGAUCAGAAUGGUUAGGGGAGGGGAAAGUUGUAUGGUGGAGGGACAAAAUUGUAUGCCUGCCUCGGGAAGGCUGGGGCUAUCAUUUUUAUUCAUUUUAAGCCCUAGUUCAUCAGUAUUCUUAAAUAUGCUAGUGUCCAAAGUUAUAACUAGAUGAAGAGAGGAUAUUUGACUAGAAUACGCAAUGAAACUUGGUAAUAAAUUCAAGCCCACCAGGUGUAAAGAACCAGGAUCAGAAGUGGUACACAUAAGUAUGAUUGUUUGGGCUCCCAUUCUGUUGGGAUACCCCAGGAGUUUAAGUUCCUUGAAAUGCCUUGUGGAUCUCGUUAAGAAAAUAUCAUCACUUAUUUGCCAUGCUUAUGGGCAACUCUAUUAAAGACACUCCCAAGAAAUGCCUCUAUUGUCUAAUGCCACUUAAGCAGAAAUGGUUUCGUGGUCCAUUGCUCUAUGCUAAGCAUAUCAUGGAAACAGCCGGUGAUCCAGGUCAUCAUGGGAGGCACAGAAAAUUCAGAAGCUUCUGUGGUUGGCUAUGCAGCAAUUUUUGGUGGGCACUUUUUUAAAAAAAAUUUUUUUUAUCCCAUGGUGCUUUUGGUUCUUCAGCCUGGACUUUCACAAUGGAAGCAUUGGGGCCAAGCACCUAAAGGUGUCAUAUUGCACAUAAAAGAAAUAAUCCUAUCAAAGAUUUAGAGCAGAUAUAACUGAGGAAAUUGGGAAAUAUUCUGUCCCUUUAUCAGCCACAAAGUGCUGCGGAAACAAAAAACUUUAGCUUUGCUGAUAGUUUUGGCGCCAUCCACACGUUUGUCUUAUCCAAGGCAAACCAGAAAGUGUUAAGAAAGCUCCUUUUAAUCUUGGCCGAUAGAAUGGUGGGCUGGUGAGGGAUUGAGCCCUGGUAGAUUUUUUCCCUUUGGGAAUUCAGAUUAUGGGUUUUCCUACAGCUUUCAGUAGACUUUAAUGAAGGUAUGGGUGGAUGGUUGGAGAAUAUACUUUUUGGUAUUCACCAAUAUUUGAUUUCAUUGAACUAGUUAGGCAAGGGAUGUUAUGCAAAAAGAUGUCUCAUCAUGAGGGAAAAAACUUCACAUUUGUCCACAUUCAUGAAAUAUGUUUGUCAAGACUUCUAGUGCCAUAAGAUGUAGCAAAAGGCAAUACUGGCCAGAUCAGUGUUAAAUUGAUUGUGUAACUACAGUAUCCCAAAUACAUUUAUACAUACAUGUUUGGCAUCUAAGCUGUGUCCAAGAGGAGGUAAGGAGAAAGGUGUUUCCUUCUUCAAAAUCAAAAUCAUUGUGACAAAAUGGUACAUUUAAAGAAAACAGAAAGAAUUAGUGCAUGGAUGGAAGUUAUGUCUCUUUUUGGAGAAAAGAGGAAUUGCCAUGGGAACCUCAGGAGUUCUCACAACCCCGGAUUGGAGAGAUGUGUUUAGAGAUUUCUUUGGCAGUGAUGCUAGAGAGAAAGAAAGGUAACAUCACACUCGUUAAAAACAAUACCUGAAUGUAAACAAAAAGUACCAGUAGCUGAAAUGAUACAGCCUUCGGUGAUAAUGUAAAACCAAAAAGUAAACUUUUAAAGCAUUCAGUCAGAGUCCAGAGGGGAUACAGCUGAGCACUUUGUGAGGAUUGAUGGCAAUAUCUUUUCCUCCCUCCUACCUUCCAUAGCUCCACCUUACCCUCUAGUCAUUCCUUAAGCCUUUUUAUUGGGAAAAGUGAAAACUUCUCACCUCUUGCUGCAUUUUAAAGUUAAGUACAUUCUAGCCUGAUGUCUGAAAAUUUUCAUCAGGAAGUGUGGUGCAAACCUGAUUCAGUUAUGAAUUUACACUAUGACCCGAAAAUUCUACAGACCAAAACCUGUGGUCAACAAGAAUUGUUGAUCCAGUGCCCAGUACACGUGGAGCUUCUGACUGUCUGAGAUCUUACUGUGAUCGAGGUAGGAGAUCCGUGCCAAUGAUCCAGACGGCUGUAGUCCAUUUGCCCCAGUAGUGUGGGGACAGACAGUUUCUCUUUCUUGUAAAAUUGUGGACUUUUAAGACCUGUUAACUAAAACGGUAAUUAAUAUUAAUUUAUAUUUGUGAAAAAUGCCACUGUCCUAGUGAUUUCUGAUGUAAAUAUGUUGUUUAUAUAGUAUGUAUUAAAUUUUCCUACAUUGUAAAA